AUGGCUUCGACGACGACGGCAAGCGGGUCACUCGUCUAUGAACGACGGGUCGCCCGCAUACACAAGUACCACUGGCCGGCGCUGCAGUUGAACGUGUGGAUGCUCAUUAUGCUCGUGGCAUCUUGCACCAUCAUUGGCGUCUUUGCGACUCUGAUUGGGGUCCAGCAGCGGCUUGGGCUUCAUGUCCCUUGGUACUUCGCCUACUUCAUCUCCGUCGCAGCCCUCACCAUCGUAUUCCUCGGCAUUCUCCUCUGGCUGAUAUCGCAACGCCGCCUGCUGCCCUCCAUCGUAAUCAUCGGCGCUUUCAUGUUCUUCGUGCUGUGGAUGGUAGGGCUUAUCGUCACCAGCAUCGAGCUAUGGGGCCCGACGGGAUCCGUGAGCUCCAAUUGUAACCUUCUAGUGUUCAAUAACACGCCCGACCCUGGGAACAACCAGGGGAAUCUGGCCUGGUUGGAGCAGAGGAGUAUAUGUCAAUCGUGGCAGGCUGUUUUCGCCUUCGCGCUCGUCGGUGCUAUCUUCUUCUUGUGGAUAAUUGUCAUGGCGGUACAAGUAUUCUAUGACGAAACCUGA